AUGGUCCAGACCAAAGAGGGCGCUCUUAUAUUUGUCAAUCUAGAAACUGCACCACAUCACAGCCAUGCUAUGCUAUGCUAUGCUGUGAUCCUAAGUUUUAUCAAAGCCAAGCAGACUUGUCAUGUCGGUGUAUAUUAUCGGGGUGGAGCAUUGCUAAGCCAAACUAGUGGUCCUGGUUAUCAUAUAAUGAUACCUUUUUUAACAUCUUUUAGGACAGUUCAGACGACUCUUCAAACUGACGAAGUAAAGAAUGUCCCAUGUGGUACCAGUGGUGGUGUUAUGAUUUAUUUUGAUAGAAUAGAAGUGGUCAACAUGCUUUCUGUUAACUCUGUUUUUGAAACUGUAAAGAAUUACACUGCUGAUUAUGAUAAGACGCUGAUAUUUAAUAAAGUUCAUCAUGAACUUAACCAGUUUUGCAGUGUCCAUAACUUACAACAGGUGUACAUCGAAAAGUUUGACCAGAUUGAUGAAAACCUGAAGACAGCCUUACAGAUUGACCUCACCAAUAUGGCACCUGGCCUCACUAUACAGGCUGUGCGUGUAACCAAACCAAAGAUUCCGGAACAAAUCCGUAAGAAUUAUGAGGCAAUGGAAGCUGAAAAGACGAAACUUUUGAUUGCUGAACAAAGGCAAAGAGUAGUGGAAAAAGAGGCGGAGACAGAAAGAAAGAAAGCCAUUAUUGAAGCUCAAAAGAAUGCUGAAGUAGCAAAAAUUAACUUUGAACAAAAAAUCAUGGAAAAAGAGAGUCAACAGAAAAUAUCAGAAAUUGAAGAUCUUACACAUCUAGCUCAUGAGAAAGCCACAGCAGAUGCUACGUUCUAUGCAGCGGAAAGAGAGACUCAAUCUAAUAAGUUAAAAUUGACUCCUGAGUACCUGGAGAUGAUGAAAUACCAAGCAAUAUCUCAAAACAGUAAAAUCUACUUUGGAGAGAGUAUUCCAAAUAUGUUCCUUAGUGGUGACUCUAAUAGCUUCAUUAAGGAGAGUGUCGUCAUGAAAGAAAAGAAAAAUGCUUGAGCUGCUUCAGUAGUUGUAUAGAUCCUGUUGGGGCUGUUCCAGUAGCUGCACAGAACCCUCUGGAGCUAUUCCAGUAGUUAUAUAGAUUCUGGAACUGUUCCAGUCAUUACACAAAACCCUCUCAAGCUGAUGGAGCUCUUCACUAGUUACACAGAACCCUUUUGAGCUGUUCCAGUAGUUACAUAGCACCCCCUGGGGCUGUUCCAGUAGUUAAACUGAAUCCCCUGGAGCUGUUCCAGUAGUUGCACAGAACCCUCUGAAGCUGUUCCAGUAGUUACAUAAAACCCCCUGGGGCUGUUCCAGUAGUUAUAUAGAACCUCCUGGAGCUUUUCUAGUAGUUACACAGAACACCCUGGAGCUGUUCCAGUAGUUAAACAGAACCCUCCGGAGCUGUUCCAAUAGUCACACAGAACCCACUAGCUGCCUGAUACCCAUAGUCAGGACAUCACACAUAGUAUCUUUAAAAUUGCUUAAUAAUGAAUGACUUGUUUGUAAUAAACUAAUAACUGUGCCUGAAUUAAAAAAAAAAAAUUCAAUUCUCUUAUUUGUAUAUUUUUAAGGGGUUUGUAGUCAACAAUCCUCUUGUCUUCAGAAUAUAUGAAGAACUUGGCAUAGUUUCCUGGAAGUUUCUUAGAAUUUAAUAUUCUCUGCAAUUCAUGUUGAAAUUUAAUUCCACAAUAUUUACCACCAAAGUUAAGAUUUAUACAAAGCAAUACCUGCAAGUUUAGCUCUGCUGUUGACUUAUUACUGAUUGUUCUCCAUCUGCAUCAACUUUACAUUUUUGACUUCUUUAUGAAUUGACAGUUAUGAUUGCUUUGAUACUGUCAGAUUUGUUCAUUUUGUGAAAAAUAUUUUCAAAUCUCUAAUUUUGAUGAAUAUUCUUGAAAACAACUAGCCUGAUUGCUUUGAUACUUUAUAUGUAGUCAUGCACCUAGUCAGAUUUGUUCUUUUUGUGAUGAUACCUUCAAUUCUCUAAUUUCAGUGAAUAUUUUUGGUGUAAAAUGCUAUUUUCAACUUCUUCUUUAAAAUUGUUAGCCUGAUCGAUUUGACCUCUGAUAGAUUUGUUCAUUUCAUAACAAUAAGUUUAAUCUUCUAGUUUUAGUGAAUUAUUUUGUCAUAAUGGAAAAAAAUUCUAUUUUCAACUGUCUUGCUAUACAGCGAAGCUGUAUCAGUUGACAAAGUGCUUUUUUUCCCAUAACUGUAUCUCCUGUAACUUUGUGGAUGCUGUGGCAAAUGGAUCCAUAGGCGCAGUCAUAAAAAUAAAACAGUACAUGAAUUCAACUUAGUAUUUCAUCGGUACAUUUCUAAAUACAGAAAUAAUUGUAAAGGAAAAUGGUGACAUGAUCAUUUUGUAUCUAAACAGUGAUUAUUAUAAGGGUGAAGAGAAGGUGGGUAAUUUUUAUUUGAGAAGUUGCUGCCCAAUCAGAUUACAUAUCUUCCAUAUUACUUGUAUUAACCAAUCAGUUUACACUGAUAAGAAUAGUAGUGAUCAACCAAGCAAGUUACAUAAUUUGCAUAUAUGUUGUAUUAACCAACCAGAUUACAUUGAUUGGAAUAUCAGAGUUGUAUAAAUUGAUAUGUAGUGUUUGGUUCUUAUUCUUCUCAAUGCCAUUUUACAAAUCAAAACUCAUUCACUCAAUCAUUCUGGGCAAACACGAUUCAAAAGCAAGUGUGCACAUCAUAAAUGUAUGGAAUAUAUUUAAAUAUGCCAGUAUGUUUCUUACAUACCACAUAGAUAAAUAGUUGACAAUUCAUAAAGUAGAAA